AUGGAUUCUACCCCUCCGGAAGAGCAGAUUCCUUUGCCUGGACAAUGGCCUGUUGAUCCCCAGGAGGAUGUACCAAUCUCGGAGGACCGACUCUGGGUUGAUGGAUGCUUCGACUUCAGUCACCACGGUCAUGCCGGUGCUAUGCUUCAAGCCCGCCAGCUGGGAAAGGCCCUAUACGUCGGCAUACACUCCGACCAAGCUAUCCUUGAGAAUAAGGGUCCGACGGUGAUGUCACUGGAAGAACGUGUCGCAGCGGUUGACGCGUGUCGUUGGGCAACCCAGAGUGUUCCCCAUGCCCCCUAUGUGACCUAUUUACCCUGGGUAUCCCACUAUGGAUGCAAAUACGUUGUGCAUGGAGACGAUAUUACUUCCGACAGUGAUGGAAACGACUGUUAUCGCUUUGUCAAAGCUGCUGGACGCUUCCGUGUCGUCAAAAGAACACCUGGCAUAUCGACAACUGAUCUUGUCGGCCGCAUGCUGCUGUGCACUAAGAACCACUUUGUCAAAUCUGUGAAGGGUACACUCUCUGGACUAGAAGGGUAUGGAAGCCUGGAAGAGCGUAAAGCUUCAGGGGCAGAUCUUCUGCAAAGAAUCAAGGACUAUGCGACGGACGAGAGUGGUCUCCAACCUGGUCCUCAAGUGUGGACCUGGACUGGCUCAGGCACAGCGAAGCUGGAUCACGUUGUCGAGGAGGCUGGCCUCUUCGAGACGCUGGUCGAUGGAAAGGGGCCCAAGCCCGGACAGAGGGUUAUUUAUGUUGAUGGAGGCUUCGAUCUCUUUUCCUCGGGUCACAUUGCGUUCCUGCGCAAAGUUAUAGAGCUUGAGGAGUCCGAGGGUCGCCAGCGUGGCUGGUUUGAACCUGAGCAGAUUGAAAAGAGAUUGAAGGACUACAACGAGGACUAUUCUCCCGCCUAUAUUGUGGCAGGUAUUCAUGAUGACGAUGUGAUCAACCAUUGGAAGGGCUUGAACUACCCGAUCAUGAACAUCUUCGAACGUGGUCUCUGUGUUCUUCAAUGCAAGUACAUCAAUGCUGUCAUUUUCUCUGCGCCCUUUACGCCCAGCGAACCAUACCUGAAAGCUAUCCCAUGGGGCACUCCCGAUGCUGUCUACCAUGGACCUACGACCUUCAUCCCGCUUACCUAUGAUCCGUACACUGCCCCCAAGCAGAUGGGAAUCUUCCGGGAAGCCGAGAAGCAUGCCUUCCAACACGUGAACGCUGGCGAGAUUGUUGGUCGCAUUCUGAAGAGCCGUGAGGCUUAUGAAGCUAGGCAACGUGCGAAGCUGGACAAGGCCGUUGCCGAGGAGUUGGUGAAGUCACAAGAAGCAGCUGAAGCAGCUAAGGUAGCUCAAUAA